AUAAAAUAAAUAAUAUUUUUUUUUAAUCUAACCUCUACUAAUAGAAUUUAAAUUUUUUAAAAAUAAUUAAAAUAAAAUUAAAUACGAAGCUGAACAAUAGAAAAUAAUCUGAAAUAAUAAUAAAAGUGAAAGUCUUGUAUUAUAUUUGUAUUUAAUUUGAAAACUAUGUCGACAUUGGUUUUAAUUUCAUUGCGCCUGAGAACUCGAAAUAUUAAAAUUUUGAGAACAAUUUCUUACUCCUCACAGCCAAAACAAGAUUCUAUAAAAGAUCUUUGUAAAGUGGUUAACGUUGCUAUUAUCGGAGCACCAAAUGCUGGUAAAAGUACACUUAUCAAUAAAAUUAUUGAGCGCAAGAUAUGUGCAGCGUCUAACAAAGUACACACAACUACAAAGUUGGUGAGAGCAAUAUGUUAUGAAGACAAUACACAAAUUGUAUUUCUGGACACACCAGGGAUUGUAACAGAGAAAGAACAAAAAAAAUAUAAUUUGCCAGACUCUAUGCUUGCAGCUUGUCAGAAAAGUUUGAGAUGUGCAGAUGUGAUUGGAGUAGUGCAUGAUGUUUCUAAUAAAUGGACUAAAGAUAGUCUGCACAGAGAUGUCAUUAAAAUGUUGGAGAUGGUUAAGAAUAUUCCAAGUUUUUUGAUUAUCAACAAGGUGGAUAGGCUAAAAUCUAAAAAGCAGUUACUAACAAUCAUUAGUAAUGUUACAAAUGGAAUCAUAGCUGGAAAUCCUAUGCCUGUUGCCAAUAAACACAAAAAACCAGAAGGCAUUGGUUAUAGUAAUUUUUCUGAUGUGUUCUUGGUAUCAGCACUGAAUGGAGAUGGAGUAAAUGAUAUAAAGAAAUAUCUCAUAGAAAAUUCUAAAUUACGCUCAUUACACUAUUCACAAUCCGAUUGGUCUGACCAAACCCCUGAAUCGCUGAUAGAGGAAGCUGUGCGAGCCAAGUUCUUAGACUUCCUAGCGCAAGAGAUACCGUACAACCUGAAGACACGACUGGAAUAUUUCGACGAUAUAAAUCAUGAAGACAAAAUUGUAUGUUCGGUGUCGGUAGAGUGUCCUACAGAGAGGCUUGCUCGGUUGAUAAGUGGUGCCGGUGGAGGGAGGUUGCAGCAGAUAAAGUCGCAUGUCAGAAAUGACCUCAUUGAUAUGUUUAAAAAGACAGUUGUUAUAGACAUUGCGUUGAAAGUGAAAAGUAAACCGACUUCGGAAGAAACGUUACGAGUUUUGAAUUGAUUUCGUUUUGUAAUUGUGUAUAAUUAAUGUAUAAUUAAUGUAUAGGUAUUGUUUUGUAUAAUAUCAAUAAAUAUGAUACAAGAAUUUA